CACCCUCUCGUGGCUCGCGCCCAUCCCCACCGCCGCCCCUCCGCGCGCGAAUCUAGAACCUUCUAGAUCCUCCACUUCCCGAUCGAACCGCCUCGCUCGUCGCCGUCCUCCUGCUCCAUCCGAUCGGGAUCCCUCCAAGGUCUCGGGCUGGAGGCGAUCCAGAUGGUGGUGCACGACGGCGGCGUGGAGGAGGACCAGGAGGGCUCGAGCUCGCCGUCCCCUGCUGCCACGGCAGCAGAGGCCGUGGCGGCGAUAGCGAGGGCGGCGCGGCCUCCGAGGCCUGGGAGGGACAAGCGGCUCGGCGUGCGGCACCCGCUCAAGCACCGGAGGUUUCGCGCGGGGGGCAAGACGAUGGUGGAGGCCCGGCGUGCCUCGUCGUCCGCGCAGUCUGUGGCGGGCGCCAGGGAGGUCGGGGAGGCGACCACCGUGGCGGAGGCGACGGCCAUUGCUGCGCCGGAGGUGGGGGAUGAGGUUGAGGAGGCUAGGUACAUUUGCGGCGGAUGGAAGAGUGAUGAUGGAAGAAUGAGUUGUGGAUACUCAAGCUUUAGAGGGAGAAGAGCAAAUAUGGAAGACUUCUAUGACAUAAAAUCAUCAAAACUUGUUGACAAACAAAUAAAUCUCUUUGGGAUAUUCGAUGGCCAUGGUGGUUCACAUGCUGCUGAGUAUUUGAAGAAGCACUUGUUUGAAAAUCUUCUGAAACAUCCUUCUUUCGUUACAGAUACAAAAUUAGCAAUAAGUGAGACCUACAGAAAAACUGACUCAGAUUUCUUGGAUGCUGAAACCAAUAUUAAUAGAGAGGAUGGGUCAACUGCAUCAACAGCAAUUUUGAUUGGUAACCAUCUAUAUGUGGCAAAUGUUGGUGAUUCACGAACUGUGAUGUCAAAGGCAGGCAAAGCUAUUGCACUCUCUAAGGAUCACAAACCAAACAGAAAAGAUGAGAAGAAACGGAUUGAGAAUGCUGGAGGGCUUGUUAUCUGGUCUGGGACAUGGAGGGUGAGUGGUGUACUUGCAAUGUCUCGGGCUUUUGGUAAUCGUUUGUUGAAGCGAUUUGUUGUUGCAGAUCCUGAGAUUCAGGAACAAGAAAUAGAUGAUGAUUUGGAGUUUUUGAUUUUGGCUAGCGAUGGGCUGUGGGAUGUGGUGUCCAAUGAGCAUGCCGUUGCGUUUGUAAAGGCGGAGGAGGGCCCUGAGGCUGCAGCCCGGAAGCUGACUGAGAUUGCUUUUGCCCGUGGAAGCACCGACAAUAUAACAUGCAUCGUUGUAAAUCUUCUCCAUGAUAAGAUGGACUUAGAUUCGGCGGCGUCGUCUGUCGAACAAAGUUGAUUUCGUCUUUUCUGUUUCUUUUAUUAAUAUGGACAUUGUUGGCAUCAAUCAUGGUGCAGCUUGACCUAUACGGCCUCCCCAGGGGCGUCUAUAUAUAUAUAUCUGUUGGUUCUGUGA